GCACUGGGACCACGCGGAACUUGCUCUCAGUUCGCUGUAGGUGAACCGUUGGUGCUCUUCGUUCACACCCGAACGAUAACAGCUGACUAACGUCUCACUGCGUACCUCAGCGACUCACACAUAAUCAUUUAUAACUCCCUUUUGGGUAUUUUCUGUUAAACGUUUGCCGUUAUAAUGAGGUGAGGAUGGCCAAGCGACCGGGGACCGACGACGGGUUGUUGCCUUCGCCGACCGCUCUCCGGGACAUCGCUGCCGGGGACGUGAACAUGGACUGCGGCGACGAAAACGCAGAGGUCUCCCUGGAAGAAAUCCUGAAGCUGUACAGCCAGCCGAUAAACGAGGAGCAAGCAUGGGCGGUUUUUUAUCAGUGUGGUCGGACUUUAGCGCAGAAACAUCGGAGGAAAAGCUCCAAGUCUACCAGGGCUUCACCUGUCAGCUUUCUGAGGAAGAUUGAGGGACCCGGGGAUGUGAGGAUCGCCAGAGACGGGACUGUGAAACUGCGCUUUGAAGACAGCACAGAUACAUACCAACCGGCCCCUACGUCAUUAGAGGUUAUUGACUCACUAGGCGUCAUGAUUUACAAAGCUCUGGACUAUGGACUUAAGGAAAACGAGGAGCGUGAACUCAGCCCGCCACUGGAGCGCCUCAUCGACAUGAUGACCAACCCGGAGGAAGCGGAGAGUGACCCCUGUCCUGAUGAGGGCUACGAAGCUACAGAGGAGGAGUGCGAGGAAGAGGAAGAAGAAGAGGAGGAAGAGAAGCCUGUCUCUGCCACACCCGGCUCAGUCACCAGCAUCCGCAGCUAUCGAGACCUCAUCACGCUAUGUUCUUCCCACCUGCCCAGCCCAUCAGACGCCCCCCUCCAUUACCAGGCGGUGUGUCGCGCUCUCUAUACCGAAGCCAGAGAACUACACACCUUUCUGGAUAAAAUCAAGAGUGCAAAGGAGAACCUUCGAAAAAUGGAAGGCGAUACUCGGGAAGAGCCUGCCAAAGACCUCGAUGAGCUGCAAAAUGCAGAUUGGGCACGGUUCUGGGUUCAGGUGAUGCGAGAUCUAAGAGAUGGUGUUAAAUUAAAGAAGGUUCAGGAGCGUCAGUAUAACCCCCUACCCAUUGAAUACCAGCUCACACCGUACGAAAUGCUGAUGGACGACAUCCGCUCCAAACGCUACAAGCUGAGGAAAGUCAUGGUGAAUGGGAACAUCCCACCAAGGUUAAAGAAGAGCGCACAUGAUAUCAUUCUUGAGUUCAUCAGGUCGCGGCCGCCUCUGAACCCUGUCGCAGAACGUAAACUGAAACCCACCCCACAACGUCCUCGGAGCCUCCACGAGCGACUGCUGGAGGGCAUCAAAUCUGAACGGAAGCUCAGGCCAGUCUCACCGGACAUGAUCCGCAGACACCGACUCGGUGCAGGGAAAAGCAUCAGCACUCCUCAGGACUUGUUCCGCAGCUCAGACACUCCUGAUGCACCAAGGAAAUUACUUGGCAGCACCCAGUCUCUGGCCAGUGGCAUCCUGGGACCCCAGGGCGGAGCGCAGCCCCUCAGCCAGAGGAAGAGGAUACUGAAAGCGCCAACACUAGCUGAGCUGGACAGCUCCGAAUCUGAUGAGGAGCCCACGAGGAGCAGCUCCAGUAUGUCCACGUCUUUAGUGGAUGACACGUCACCCGAGUCUGUAACGGGGAAGAAAGCUCCAGCUUCUCCAAAGUUCCUUCCCGUUUCUGCGUCACCACAGCCAGACAAGCGUCGGUCCCCACAGAGGCGGCACUCCAUCGAGAAGGAGGCCCCCACCAGCGUCUGCCCCUUUCUACCUCCAUCCAGACAGAUCUCCAAGUCUUUGCUGAAGGCGGAUCCCAGUGCCAAGGUGGAAGCCACCAGUGGUGCUCGAGGCACGGAGGAGUUCUGUUACCCGGUGGAGUGUCUGGCGCUGACGGUGGAGGAAGUGAUGCACAUCAGGCAGGUCCUGGUCAAGGCAGAGCUGGAGAAGUUUCAGCAGUACAAAGAAAUCUACACCGCCCUGAAGAAGGGAAAGGUUUGCUUUUCAUGUAGGACCAAGAGGUUCUCUCUCUUCACCUGGUCCUACACCUGCCAGUUCUGCAAAAGGCCGGUGUGUUCCCAGUGCUCUAAAAAGAUGCGGUUGCCAUCUAAGCCCUACUCCACCUUGCCCAUUUAUUCUUUGGGACCCAGUGCAUCGUCUAAAGAAGAUCCGUGUGGUGCUUCUACGUCUGCGCAGACUGAGAAGCACCCAUUUGGGUCUGCACACAGCCGACACAGCCUACGCAGAAGUGUUUAUAAGAUGUCUAAGAGCAGCAGCAGCAGCAGCAGCAGCAAAGAUGGCCGCUCACAGGACGAGCCUGACCUGCCCAAGGAGCUAACGGAGGACUGGGUCACCAUGGAGAUCUGCGUAGACUGCAAGAAGUUCAUCAUAGAGAUCAUCUCCUCAAGCAAGCGCAGCCUCAACGUGGCCACCAAGCGUGCCCGUCUCAAUCGCAAAACCCAAUCCUUCUACAUGUCGUCGUCCAGCUCGGUCAACUUCCGGCCCUCUGAGCGCACCAUCAACGAGGUGUAGAAGGCAGGACUUCCCUGUGUGCACUUUGCUUUUACGCCUCUGCCAAAAUCUUAGUCUCCACAAUGAAGCCAGUCCAUCCCACCCCAAAGUUAUCCCUUACCCCAUCUCAGGAAAAGUUGGCAUGUUUGAUUUAUCAGAUGUGCCAGGUAUCAAAGGAGAGCCAUGUUUCUCAAAGUUGGUGAAAAUUCAGGACAAGGUGGGAGAAAUGAGUUGAUGAUGUCACUAUUGUGGAUCAGGUAAGAAUGUAUAUUUGACAUUAGAGCGGGGUCAGAUGAUACAGAAAGCCAAAAGCUGCAGUGAUAACGUGUAAAUAGUAUAAAGGCCCAUCCCUAAUCUUAGCUAGUGAAUAUGUUUUCCAGUUCCUGUUUACUUCUAGCACUCAGGAAGAACAACAGAUUGUCCUUUUGACAGAAAUGCACUGUAGAUCCUCUACCACUCCUCUGCCCCCCUCUUUACUUCCAGCAACAAUUAUGCCAAAUGUUACAUCAUUCAUUUUUUAGCCAGUUUAAAUUAAUACUAUCAUUUUGUAAGGAUAAAACAUUGAAGUGUGAGAAUAGGCAUGGAUUAUUUUUCUGUGAGGGGUUUUUAGCUUUUAGUUUUAAUGUAUAUUAAAUUCUGUGCCUGGUGCCAAACUGUAAUUUCUUUCUUUGAAUGCCUUUGUAGUUGCGGACCUGUUGUACAUAUGUGUUAUAAAGUCAAUGGGGGUCAUUUUAAGGGUAAUCUAAGGUUUGCUUUCUCGCCCUUUCCAUGAUUCAAAAGCUGGGCAGCAGAAGCACAGAAAUGUAACGUUAUGAAUGUGUACAUGCUGUAUAUCUUAAUUGUUCAAAAGCUAAUAUAAUUAGUAGAAAUAUAAUUUUACAAUGUUUUAUGAUUUUCUGCCGCUCGAGUUUCUUAACAUGAAAUUAUUCAGAAAAAUGAUUAUGUUUGUAUUAAUGUAAUAUUAAGAUUGUAUUUCUAUUGUAUAGUUUAUAAACUCUGCAGUGUUAAAAUACUCCUCUAAAUUGCAAACCGCACUUUUAUUGGUUAUUGUUUAUGUUGGGAUUUUGUCUUAAUUAUCAAUGAUUAUUGUUUCUCUUGGGGGGGUCCAUAGUGCCAUUUCCUGUGUGUGUGUGUGUGUGUGUGUGUGUGUGUGUGUGUGUGUGUGUGUGUGUGAAAAAUGGCUAAAACAAAACACUAAAAUGAAUUUAAUGUAGGCAAGUGUAUAACUGUCAUUAAAUACAGACACACACUCAUGCACAGAUGUUUGUAUAGUGUGUCUUGUGACAGUCGUUAGCAAAUAAAAACAAAGUCAACCAGCCUGUUCAAUAACGAUGCCAUGUUCCAUUGAAACAUCUGUCCAGUUUUAUUUUAGGCCUCUGCAAGGAAUGUAUGCAUGCUGUUCUGUGAUCUGUUUGUUUUUAUCAAAGAAAUUCUAAUAAAAACAUCACGAUUCUUA